GAUGUCAACAGUAGCGGCUCGUAGUGGAGACUUAGGAAUUGAACCAAUUGAACGAACAGAAAUUUAUUUAUAUCAAACGUAGCUUUUUUUUAUAUUUAAUAUUGUUAAUCACACAAAACAAUUUCUUAAUAGAUUAAAUAAAGCAAAACAGAUUGAUAAUGAUAUUGUGAAUUACUUUCUCUAUUCUCUAAUAAUAUCAUUGAUUCUACUUGCGUUCUAGGUUAUCAAGAAAUAUAUUUAAAAAUGUUCAAACAAACUUUGAGAUUUUCCAGAUCGUAUAACUUACAUCAAAUCUUAUUAGGUACAUCGAGAAAAGCUGUUGCAAUAUGUCCUAAUGUGAUUCAGUAUCAAAAUACUCAAAUGUUUUCCACUGCUCCAGUCAUUAAAAAAUGGGAUUUAUAUAGUUCUGUCUGUCUGGAACGUCAUCCAAUUACAGUACAAUCAAUGCAAGAAAUAGAAUUAAAAUUUUAUAAUAUGUUAAGGAAAAUUGAGUUUGAAGAUAGUCUAAAAAAUGAUCAUGAAUUGAAGAAAGAAAGAGAAGAGAAUCAGUCAAAGAUAACAAAAAGUGAUAUGGAUAUGGAAACUAUUUUGAUACAGACUGCACAGGAAUUUGAAGAUAGCAACCUAGAAGAACUAAAAAAUUUUAAAUUUGCCCCAAGAAUUACAAAAUUUGAUGAACAAAAUGAAACAUCAUCGUUAAAACGUAAAUUGGACAAAAAUUUACUUUUAUUGGUACAUCAAAAGAUUGGCGAUAAACAUUAUUGGAUACCUCCCCAGGGUAUUCGACAGGAAGGAGAAACCAUGAGACAAACAGCAGAAAGAGUACUGCAAAAUGAAUGUGGUACUAAAAUAAAAGUAAAGUUUUAUGGAAACGCACCCAUUGGAUUUUACAAAUACAAAUAUCCUCGGAAGCUUCAGGAAAAAGAAAGCUGUGGUGCUAAAAUAUUUUAUUUUUUAGCAAAAUAUGUUGAUGGAGAUAUUACGGAUAACGUAAAGUAUCAAUGGUUGGAUCAUGAAGAACUAGAAAAAGUAUUACCUCGUGAAAUGCAAAAGAGCAUUUCACAGUUUAUGUUGUGAAUUUAAACAAUAUAUCAUUAAAAUAUUUUAUCACAUCUAAA